AUGGUGUUCUCAGCGCCGCCGCCCGGCGCGGUGCCCGGCAAGUGGGUCCGGCUGAACGUGGGGGGCACCUGCUUCCUGACCACUCGGCAGACGCUCUGCAGGGACCCCAAGUCCUUCCUCUUCCGCCUGUGCCAGGCCGACCCCGACCUGGACUCGGACAAGGAUGAAACAGGUGCCUAUUUAAUAGACAGAGACCCGACCUACUUUGGGCCAGUGCUGAACUAUCUCAGACAUGGGAAACUGGUUAUUAACAAGGACCUAGCUGAGGAAGGUGUACUGGAAGAGGCUGAAUUCUACAAUAUCACAUCACUAAUAAAACUGGUAAAGGACAAAAUAAGAGAAAGAGACAGCAAAAUCUCACAGGUGCCAGUCAAACAUGUGUACAGGGUGCUGCAGUGCCAGGAAGAGGAACUCACUCAAAUGGUUUCCACAAUGUCUGAUGGCUGGAAAUUUGAACAGCUUGUCAGUAUAGGUUCCCAGUACAGCUGUGGCCGGGCCCAGCAGUCAGAGUAUCUGCUGAUAGUGUCACGGGAAGUGAAAGGGGAAGAGAGAUGCUUCCAGAAAUGCUGCAGUGAGCUAGUCAGUAUUGGUUCUUCCUAUAACUAUGGCAAUGAAGAUCAGGCUGAAUUUCUGUGUGUUGUCUCAAAGGAAUUGCAUAACACUCCCUAUGGCACAACCAGUGAACCCAGUGAAAAAGCAAAGGAAGAUGUUGAAACUGCCCACCUGCAUGGGAGGAAUUCGAGCCUAAGGCCAGCCUUCACUAGUGGAGGUGAAUCCAAAGACUGAAAAGUCAAUUUCAACUGAGACAUCAACCUGGUAGAUGUGUGAUUCCAAGCACAAACUCAGACCCAUCCUGGAAUGAGAGGUUUCUUUGAUGAUGUAUAGCUGUUACAAGUAUGCCUGUGGAAGCUUUGGAAGCACUUUGUCCUUUUCCAUCUCUGCUGGCAAUAAGGUCUCUUAAAAACAUUAGCUGCUUGACACAACUUUGAGAUUUAAAACAAAGAUCUUGCUAUGUCAGGCAAUACCCAUUCCUUUGACAGCUCAAUUAUUUUCUUGAGACCAGC